UGUAAUCUUUCUUUGGUGAUUUUCGAGUUUAAUCGUUUUUUUACUAAAAACAUAUGUUUUCAAAUGGAUUUCGAAGUUUCUCGAUUGUGAUUUCAUAGAUAUAUUGAUAGUUAAACAAAAUUAUACAAGUGAAGCAGUUGCAUGGGAAUUCAUUAGCACUAAUUUUUAGAGUCAAGAAAUGAAACAUGAAUAAUAGUUCUGGAUAUUUAUCUGAGCUGCAUUGCCCGAAGGAUGCACUGACCAAUAAUUAUGGGUGGUUCAUGCAAUUCCUUUUAGCAGUGUUAGCUUUUACUUGCUUAAUUGGCAAAAGAUUCUGUGAACCCCGAUAUGCAAGGAGGCCCUGGCUAAUUUGGUUCUAUGACACGUCUAAACAAGGACUUGGGGCGCUACUUAUACAUGCAGCCAAUGUCUGGCUGUCCCCACACUUUACAGGAAACACUUGUACAUGGUAUAUUGUUAAUUUUAUGAUGGACUCCACAUUGGGCCUACUGAUUAUAUGGGCCGGAAUUCGACUUGCUCAAUAUUAUGCUAGAACAUAUGACAUACCAUUAAUUAAUUUUGGUGAAUAUGGGAAACCACCGAUGUGCUCAGCGUGGAUAUGCCAAUGCAUAUUGUACGCUGCGCUUGCGACGUUCGCCAAGUCAGUACUGGCUCUAGUUCUGCGGCUGCCGAUAGUCGUGGAAGUCCUCUCCACGCUGCGACUGUCGCCGGUGACCGACGCGCGCCUCGAGCUCGCUGUAGUAUUGCUCAUCAUACCCUUCUUUGUUAAUAUUUUAAUAUUUUGGGUGACAGACAACUUCCUUAUGUACCAUCCAAGAGGAGUUAAUUCUAAAAUCAAGACUAAGGUGCGUUACCAGUCUAUCAAGAAAGAGAAAUCAGGGUCUGAUGAAGAGGAGCAUUCGGCGGACGAAAGGCUCCUGGGCUCCAGCGUAUGACCCUACCCCCGGCCCUCCACGCUACGGGCUUAACCUUCGCUACUUUAGAUAAGUACCUCGGGCUACUUGUCUUUGCUACACAAUGUUGACAUGGACACGGGAGCGGGUACAGUCAGCGUCAAAUAGUUCGUGACAUCCAAAUUAGCCAAUAAGUUCGCAACACGUCUUUGUUACCUAUGAAAUAAGGUUGUGUUGUCAACUUUUUGGCCACUUUGGGUGUCACGAACUAUAUAACGCUGACUGUACGUGGUGUUUGACAUUGCAUAAGCUUUACAAGUCUAGGUGAUCGUUAUUUAUUUGCUGUGAUACCGAAUUGUUAUGAUAUUAUCAUUCUAUUAGUAUGUAAGUCGAAACGUUCACGAAUAUCUAAAUUGAAAAAGAUCACCUAAUUCUAAGACGCUGGUCAUACAGAAAAAACUUCGUCUCGGUUAAAGUGGGUGAGUUCAAUCCCUUAUCAGUACGUCGCGUCGAAGAAUUCGCGUCACACAUUUAUAUAGCUUCUUAUCAAAAUCGUUAUAAUUGACCGCAAGUUCCGUUUGG